ACACGGCCGUAAAGCCGCCAUCUUGGCGGUGCGGCUCGUUGCGACAUGGAGGCCGCGAUGGCAACGAGCGCGGGGCCGGCGGCGCUUACGGCAGCCGCGGCCGGGGGGAGCGGGGGGGCGGCGGCCGCGGGCUCCGGGGGCUCCGGUCCCGCCGCUCCCCCCGCCGGCCCCGCCGCCUUCCUCAGCCUCCCGGCGCCCUUCAGCGAGGAAGACGAAGAUGACGUGCACAGGUGCGGCCGCUGCCAGUCGGAGUUCACCUCCCUGGAGGAGUUCGUGCAGCACAAGCUACAGAAGAUCUGCCAGCGAGCGCCAGAAGCUCCUCUCGCUGCUGCACCCGCGGGGCUGCUCAGCCAAGAAGUGCAAAAGGUCGUGCCUGCUGUGGAGGAGGCAAUAACUGUUGCUCACAUCGUUGUUGAAGCAUCUUCAAUAGCGGAGGAGAUCAGCGGCGCAUCCGCCAUCGUAGGCAGCGGGCACAUCAAAGAAGUCAUCGUUGCAGGAGACCACGUGUUUGAGAACCCCAAUGGUCACGUUGAUGGGGAAGUCACUGAAGAGCAAGGCAACCCUGAGGAGCAGGAGCAGGACAUCUCCACAGAGCUGAUCAAGGUGAAGCUGCUGGUUAACAAAGAGGGGCGAUACGUCUGUGAGCUGUGCCAGAAGACAUUUAAAACAGCCAGCAUCCUCAAAGCUCACAUGAUCACCCACAGCAGCAGGAAGGACUAUGAAUGUAAACUCUGUGGAACCUCCUUCAGGACAAAAGGGUCCCUGAUCCGACACCACCGGCGCCACACUGAUGAAAGACCUUACAGAUGCAAGAAAUGUGGGAAAAGCUUCCGGGAAUCAGGAGCUUUGACUCGGCACCUGAAAUCUCUGACACCUUGCACUGAAAAAAUUUGCUUCAAUAUGAACAAAGAAAUAGUGGUCAAUAAGGAUGAUUUGCCAACAGGCUCCUGCAGCUCAAACACAGACCCUGUUCCAUCCGUGGCCAGCGAAGCCAUCGAGACCUCGCCCGUCAUCCACCUGGUGACAGACGCAAAGGGCAACGUUCUCCGGGAAGUCCACGUCCAAAUGCAGGAACUUCCCAUGGUGGAUGCAAAAUCUCUGGACCAAGACCCGCAGCCCGAGGAGCUGCCCUGUGAGGGGGAGGUGAGCAGUGAGAACCUGCUGCGCCAGGCCAUGAGGAACUCGGGGAUUGUCAUCGAGAGGGUGGCUGUGGAGGAGAUCCAGAAGCCUGACCAACCUGCUGUAGCUGCCACAGAAGAGCUGGAGAACCAAGUGGUGGAAGCAGAAGAGGAGCCAAGUGGGGAACAGUGUGUUGAAGUAGAACAAGCAGAGUCUCAGACAGGUGCAGAACGAACAAAUGGGUACAAAAGUUACGUUUGCCCUCACUGUGAUGAAGCCUUCAGUGAAGCUGCUUCCCUCGAAACACACAUCAAAGGGCACUUAGAUUACAAGCCUUUCAAGUGUGAGGAGUGUGGCAAAGAGUUCACCAAGGGCUAUCUGCUGAAAAAGCAUCAAGAAGUGCACGUGAACGAGCGGCGCUUCCGCUGCGGGGAGUGUGGGAAGCUCUACAAGACCAUUGCACACGUGAAGGGGCACCAGCGAGUGCACUCGGACGAGCGCCCCUACUCCUGCCCCAAGUGUGGCAAGCGGUACAAGACAAAGAACGCCCAGCAGGUUCAUUUCCGAACGCACCUGGAGGACAAGCCCUACGUGUGCCAGUUCUGCAGCCGGGGCUUCCGGGAGAAGGGCUCCCUGGUGCGCCACAUCCGCCACCACACGGGGGAGAAGCCCUUCAAGUGCUACAAGUGCGGGCGGGGCUUUGCCGAGCACGGCACUCUCAACAGGCACUUAAAAACCAAAGGUGGCUGCCUCCUUGCUUUGAAGGAGGUCGAAGAAGCAAUGGUGUCUGAGGAGAGUCAGUCAGCUGACAACUUAGCUGCAACAGUCAUCUCUGAAGAUCCUCACACGGUUUUGGUGGAGUUUUCCUCAGUGGUGGCAGACACUCAGGACUACAUAAUCGAGACUGCCACUGAAGACAUGGAGACCAGCGAAGCUACUGAAAUAAUCGAGGGAACAAGACAUGAGGUCGACAGCCACAUCAUGAAGGUUGUGCAACAAAUAGUCAACCAGGCAAACUCUGGUCACCAGAUCAUUGUACAGAACGUCACCGUGGCAGAGAACUCUGAAGUGACCUCAGAUGCUGCAGACACCAUCACCAUCGCCACCCCCGAGAGCCUGACGGAGCAGGUGGCCAUGACAUUGGCUUCUGCCAUCGGAGAGGGAGCUGUGCUGGCCACCGAGGGCAGCAUCCAGACAGAGGAAGCCACAGUGACCAUGGUAGCAUCUGAGGACAUUGAAAUCAUGGAGCAUGGAGGAGACUUUGUGAUCGCCACCCAGGAGGGGGAGGUGGAAGUGCAGACGGUGAUUGUGUAGCACUCGGCGUGCAGCCAGUGACUGCUGCUCACGUAAAACCUACUAUUUUUUUCUCUGCAGUUUGGGGAAUUUGAUCAGUCCUGAGUUUGCCAUUAUCAUUGUUCAGAGAGCAAGGGCAAGAACACUUUGAGAGGUACCUGGUUUAACAGGGUGGCACAGCCCUGAGGUGUUUCCUGCUUAAAACGGAAAUAACAGUAGUUAAAAACCUCUGUGGAAGUGACUGACCCGCUGCAUCUGAGGCUCUCAGUGGCUUGGGCAGCUGCCUCAAAGAAAGGAGGAUCCUUGGUGAAGCACUUCCCUCUGAGCACAGGACAGCAGUCUUCUGCUGUGGAAAGGGAUUCAGAAGGUGAACAGAUACGUAGGGUCUCCUAGGAGAUGACUUAACCAUAUGCAUUUAAAACAAAUCAAGAAAACCAAACCUAAGGAGUUGUGGUGUGCAUUCAUCACCACUCAGAAACUUUCAUGCCUUUAACCUCACUACUUUAGCCCUCCCAAGGCAUGGUACUGCAGUAUUUUAUUUUAUAUCCUGGACAAGUAGCCUUACGUACUGGUCUGACAGAACAGGUCGCUGCACCUGGCGAUGCCAGGCAGGCUGCUCUGGGAGCUGGUCUGUCAGGAUGUAAAGCCAUAUUGUAUAGCAUUUUUUAAAAAACAUAUAUGGAUUUUUAUUACAUAUUGUACAGAUUCAGCAUGUAAAUAAAUACAUUUUAAAAAAUAAAGUUAUUUAAAGUUCUUAC